AUGGCUGUGUACGUGGAUCAUCGAACACAAGCUCCUGAUUCAGUUGCCUCCCCUUCUCAUCUCACAUGGCACCUGCUUCACCCACUCCUGGCAGUUGCUUCCACCAGCACCACGUCGGGGGGCCGUGUGGAUAUCUACCUGGAACAGGGAGAACAUGUGUCAGAUGUGCACAUUGAGAGAAGCUUUCAGGCCACCUCACUUUCCUGGCACCCUUCCAGACCAGUUCUUGCAACCGGCUGGGAGACGGGAGAAGUAGUGAUACUUAACAAACAAGACAAGGAGCACCACGCUGUGCCACCAAACCAUAACGCCGAAAUCACCAUCCUGAACUGGAGUACAAAUGGCACCUGCCUUGUGUCUGGUGAUGAGCAUGGUGUCUUGGUUCUAUGGAAAAUGGACCAGCGAGGCAGAGCGCAGCACGCUGCCCUGCUGAAACAGGAGUACGGAAAGUGUCUGUCUCACUGUGUCUUCCGACCACCCCCUCCUGGCGAGGACUUUGUGCAGCUGGCAAAAGCAGCUGUGAGUGGUGAUGAGAAGGCCUUGGAUAUGUUUAACUGGAGAAAAGCUGGAACGGCACUACCUCUCAAAAUAGGACUUCAGGAAGCACUCUCCUUCUUUAUCACUUUGACAGAUGGUUCUGUGCAUUAUCUGAAUGACAAAGGGAAGACAAGGCAUAUAUUGUCUGCAGACAGUCAGAUCCAAAAGCUUCUGUUCAUGGAGGAAAGAGAUGUUUUAGUUGUGAUAACAGAGAACCUGCAGUUGUCUUUGCAUGCAGUUACUCUUGAGGGAGAGGCAGAAGAACUCAGGAAGGUGAAGCUAAGCGGGAAGAUAGGUCAUUCUCCAGACAUCUUUUUAAUAGACCAUAGCCUUGUUGUUACAGCACUAGGUGAGACAGUCAUCAGGUUCUGGGAUUUGGACCGAGAUGAGAACUAUGUGCUCUCCCCAGAUGUGAAAUUUGGCUUUGAGGGAGGAGAAUGUAUUAACUGUGUUUCUUACUGCAGUGCCAAAGGUCUCUUGGCAGCUGGGACUAACAAAGGGAGAAUAGCUAUGUGGAGAAGAGCACCAGGAUCCAAUCAGAGCAUCAGGCCUUUGGAGGGUGAGGAGAAGUGGAAGCUCCAGGCACCUACAGAGCUUGAGGGAAAUGUCAUUCAGAUAAAGUGGGGCUCCCGAAAAAACCUGCUGGCAGUGAACAACAUCAGCUCCGUGGUGAUCCUCCGUGAGCAGGCCAUGUCAUCUCAUUUUCAUCAGCAAGUGGCUGUUGUUCAGGUGUCUCCCAACCUGUUUAAUGUGACUGUCUUCAGCACAGGAACCACACACAGUCUUCAUGUUGAUAUGAACGUUAAUGGAGUCUUCGUUACUAAGGAUGCUGUAGUAUUCUGGAAUGGGAAACAAGUUGCUGUCUUUGAAUGUUCAGGAGAUGCCUUCAGAAGUGCAGGCUCUUUUCUUUGUGACUCUCCAGUUCUGGCCAUGCAUGGAGAAAAUCUGUACACAGUUGAGCCUUAUCGGGUCCAGGUCCGCACCUGGCAGGGCACAGUGAAGCAGCUGCUGGUGUUCUCUGAAGCAGAGGGGAAUCCGUGUCUCUUGGAUGUCUGCGGAAAUUUCCUGGCUGUCGGAACUGAUCUGGCUCACUUUAAAAUCUUUGAUCUCUCUCGCAGAGAGGCAAAGGUGCACUGCAAUAGCAAGAAUUUCUGUGAGCUCUUUCCUGGCCUAGGAGGCAUUGCAUCCGUCAAGUGCAACGCUAACGGCAAUAAAGUCAGCAUCCUUGUUAGCAAGGCGAAUGGGAACAUUGAUUCCAAGAUCUGUUUCUAUGAUGUUGAAAUGGAUAAAGUUACAGUCUUUGAUUUCAAGGAAGAACAGGGUAAUGGUGGAGAGAAGCUUUCUUCUGGGCAAGGCAGUGACAAGUCUGUUGUGGAGUACCCAGAGUUGCACAACCACAUCCCUGCUUGCCAUUUCUGGGACCAGAGCGAACCAAGACUUUUUGUAUGUGAAGCAAUUCUUGAAACAGGCCUACAGUUGCCAGGCCAGGAGAAAAAACAGACCGAGAGCACAGUGGAUGUUUGGAUUAUAUCAUUCUUCAGUACUGAAGAGCAUGGCCUUUUGCUUCAGGACAGCUUUCCAUUGCCUUCACCCUACCAGGUUCUGCUGGGCAUAGAGGUGCCACAUUAUUACUUUGCAAAAAAGCUGGGAGAAGCCGAGAAAGAAGAAGCAGAGUCUGGCUCAACAGAAGUCUCUCAGACGGUCACGAGAAGAUCCAUGAGAGAUUUCACUGGAUUAGGAGACUGCGAUAAGACUACGCGGGAUGCCAUACUGAACUUCAGCCUCUACCUGACUGCUGGAGACAUGGAUGAGGCCUUCAAAUCCAUCAGGCUCAUAAAAAGCAAGGCUGCCUGGGAGAACAUGGCUCGCAUGUGCGUGAGGACUCAGAGGCUCGACGUUGCCAAAAUAUGCCUUGGAAACAUGGGCCACGCGAGGGGAGCCAAGGCACUGAGGGAAGCCGAGCAAGAACCAGAGCUGGAGGCCAGGGUGGCUGUGCUGGCCAUUCAACUGGGCAUGCUGGAGGAUGCGGAGCGACUGUACAAGGCUUGCAAGCGCUACGACCUCCUGAACAAGUUGUACCAAGCUUCAAACCAGUGGCAGAAAGCCAUCGAAACAGCUGAAGCUCAUGACCGGGUUCACCUGCGCACCACAUACUACAACUAUGCCAAGCACCUGGAGGCAACUGGCGAGCAGAGCCUCGCGCUUGCGCACUACGAGAAGUCAGACACACACAGAUUCGAGGUGCCACGGAUGCUUUCUGGAGACUUACAAGCCCUGGAGAAUUACAUCAAAAAGAAGAAUGACAAGAGCCUGUGGAGAUGGUGGGCGCAGUACCUGGAGAGCCAAUCAGAUAUGGAAGCUGCACUGAACUACUAUGCACUGGCUCAGGAUUAUUUUUCCCUAGUCCGUAUCCACUGCUUUCAGGGCAACAUUCAGAAGGCCGCUGAAAUAGCUAACGAAACAGGGAAUCGGGCAGCAUCUUAUCACUUGGCCCGCCAGUACGAGAGCCAGGAUGAAAUCACGCAGGCUGUGCAUUUCUACACCAGGGCCCACGCGUUUAACAACGCCAUCCGCCUGUGUAAGGAGAACAAUUUGGAUGAUCAGCUGAUGAACCUGGCUCUUCUGAGCUCUCCGGAAGACAUGAUCGAGGCAGCCUGCUAUUAUGAGGAAAAAGGGGAGCAAAUGGACCGAGCUGUUAUGUUAUACCACAAGGCCGGACACUUCUCCAAAGCGCUGGAGCUGGCCUUUGCCACGCAGCAGUUUGGGGCUCUGCAGCUCAUCGCUGAAGACCUGGAUGAGAAAUCAGACCCAGCUCUGCUAGCCCGCUGCUCUGAUUUUUUUAUUGAACACGCUCAGUACGAGAAGGCAAUGGAGCUGCUGCUAAUGGCCAAAAAGUACCACGAAGCUCUGCAGCUUUGCCUGAAGCAGAACCUGACCAUCACGGAGGAGAUGGCCGAGAAGAUGACUGUCUCUAAGGAUUCCAAGGACCUCCCUGAGGAGUCCCGCAGAGAGCUGCUGGAGCAAAUCGCCGACUGCUGCAUGAGACAAGGCAACUACCACAUGGCAACCAAGAAAUACACACAAGCAGGGAACAAGUUAAAGGCCAUAAGGGCGCUGCUGAAAUCUGGAGAUACCGAGAAAAUUGUCUUCUUUGCCAGAGUUUCCAAGCAAAGAGAGAUUUAUAUCAUGGCAGCCAACUAUCUACAGUCACUGGACUGGCGUAAGAACCCAGAUAUUAUGAAGAACAUCAUCAGCUUCUACACUAAAGGAGGGGCCCUUGACCUCCUGGCAGCUUUUUAUGAUGCAUGUGCUCAGGUGGAAAUUGAUGAGUAUCAGAACUAUGAGAAAGCACAAGGAGCACUGAUGGAAGCGUACAAGUGCCUCUCAGAAGCAAAGACUGGAAGCCCUCUGGAGCAGGAAAGCAAACUAGCACAGCUGCAGAGCAAGAUGUCCCUGAUAAAGCGAUUCAUCCACGCUCGGAGAGUUUACUCAGAAGAUCCCAAAGAAGCAGUCAGGCAGUGUGAGCUUCUGCUGGCCGAGCAAGACUUUGACAAUGGCAUCCGUCACGGCGAUGUCUUGGGAUUUCUGGGAACACUACGUACAGGUGGAGGAAUUCCAUACGGCUUACCGCUAUCUGGAGGAGAUGCGCAGAAGAAUUCCACCUCCGAACCUGAGCUACUACGUGACUCCACAGACCCUUGCGGCAGUUCACCGAGGAGCAGGCGUUCCCCUGGUUCCAUAGCAAAUUCGCCACAGCAGCACGGAGAACAAGGAGGUGGAAGAAGAAGUGGCUGA